AUGUAGUAAGAAGACGAAAACCGACGACCAGGAGAAUGUGCCGGCGGAUGCACCGAGUCCGGCCCGGGAAGACGGAGAGAAGGGAGAAUUCCAUAAGUUGGCUGAUGCCAAGAUAUUUCUGAGCGAUUGCCUGGCAUGCGACAGCUGCGUGACUGCAGAGGAAGGAGUCCAGCUUUCCCAGCAGAAUGCCAAGAACUUCUUCCAUGUUCUGAACCUUAAUAAGAAAUGUGAUACCUCAAAGCACAAAGUGCUGGUAGUGUCUGUGUGUCCUCAGUCUUUGCCUUAUUUUGCUGCUAAAUUCGACCUCAGUGUAACUGAUGCAUCCAGAAGGCUCUGUGGCUUCCUCAAAAGUCUUGGGGUGCGCUAUGUGUUUGAUAUGACCAUAGCUGCGGACUUCAGCAUCCUGGAGAGUCAAAAAGAGUUUGUGCGUCGGUAUCACCAGCACAGCGAGGAGGAGCGCGCGCUGCCCAUGCUGACCUCCGCCUGUCCUGGCUGGGUCCGAUAUGCUGAGCGGGUGCUGGGUCGCCCUGUCACCCCCCACCUCUGCACUGCCAAGUCCCCCCAGCAGGUCAUGGGCUCUUUGGUGAAGGACUACUUUGCUAGACAGCAGAACCUGUCUCCAGAGAAGAUUUUCCAUGUCAUUGUGGCCCCUUGCUAUGACAAGAAGCUGGAGGCUCUUCGAGAAGGUUUUUCCACUGCUCUGCCUGGUUCCCGGGGUGCUGAUUGUGUGUUAACGUCAGGUGAAAUCGCUCAGAUAAUGGAGCAAAGUGACCUCUCAGUGAAAGAUGCCACUGUCGACACUCUGUUUGGAGACUUGAAGGAGGAGGAGGUGAGGCGCCACGAAGGCAGGGGCUCCGAUGGGCACCUGGCGCACGUCUUCAGACACGCGGCCAAGGAGCUGUUCAAUGAAGAUGUGGGGGAAGUCACCUACCGGUCUCUGAGAAACAAAGACUUCCAAGAGGUCACCCUUGAAAAGAACGGGGAGGUUUUGCUACGCUUUGCUGCCACGUACGGAUUUCGAAACAUCCAGAACAUGAUCCUGAAGCUUAAGAAGGGCAAGUUCCCGUACCAUUUUGUGGAGGUCCUUGCGUGUCCUGGAGGGUGCUUAAAUGGCAGAGGCCAAGCCCAGACUGCAGACGGACACGCAGACAAGUCCCUGCUGCGGCAGAUGGAAGGCAUCUACUCCGACAUCCCCGUGCGGCCCCCAGAGACCAGCGCGCACAUGCAAGAGCUGUACCAGGAGUGGCUGGAGGGGACUGACUCCCCCAAGGCCCAGGAAGCGCUGCACACCACCUACCAGAGCCCGGAGCACUGCACACACAGCCUGCGGCCCCCAGAGACCAGCGCGCACAUGCAAGAGCUGUACCAGGAGUGGCUGGAGGGGACUGAUUCCCCCAAGGCCCAGGAAGCGCUGCACACCACCUACCAGAGCCCGGAGCACUGCACACACAGCCUAGACAUCAAGUGGUGA